CAACCGGUAGAUGCGUUGCUACGAUCGGAAAGAGGAUCCGCUACGUUGCUGAGGACGAAUUAUUAUUGGGUAACCCUCGCAGUGUAUGUGUUGUGCUGGUCGCUGUUGGCUUCUUUAGAAUAAUUGGUUCCCGUAUAUACUCAGAAUGCAACCUUAACUCUUCGAAAUGGACCAUUUGCAAUGGGAUUGGCAGCAGACACUGCAAAGCAAGAUAAAAGAGAUAUUGGACAAAUACCCGGAUGAUGGACAGAUUCUGAAGGAAAUUAUACAAAAUGCUGAAGAUGGCAAAGCCAAGUGUGUCAAAUUCCUCUAUGACAAGAACAGUUACUCGAUAGAUGGACUUCAGGACCCUUCGUUGGCACAACAUCAGGGCGAGGCAUUGUACGCCUAUAACGAUGCCGUCUUCACAGAUGAGGACUUCAGGAAUCUCCUCAAUGUGGGGAAGAGCUACAAGCAGGCGGACAGGACCAAAGUUGGAAGAUUUGGACAGGGUUUCAAAUCAAUCUUUCACAUGACAGAGUUACCAACCCUGCUUAGUGGAAAGUACAUUGCCAAAAUAAGCCCCUACAAGGAGAAACUACCAUGUGGCGAACACUCUAGAGUCUACUCUGAAUUUCCUGCAGAGCUUCAGAGUUUCCAAGGAGAGUUCCAAGGAUACAAUGAAGGAGUUGACGAAAAUGGACUCUAUAAGGGUACCAUGUUUAGAUUUCCCCUUCGGAAACAUGAAUCGGAAAUAUCCAAGACUCUCUAUGGGGAAGAGAAGAUUGUGGACUUGUUUAACUCGCUGAAGGACCGGGCAUACAUGAACCUACUGUUCCUGAAGUCCCUUGAGUCAAUAGAGGUAUAUGUACGAGAGUUACAUGAGCCAACGCCAAGGUUGCAGUUUCGCAUUUGCCUGAUCAAUAGGGAUGAGGACGUUUUGAAUCGCAGAGCUAAGUUUUUUCAAGAACUUGGCAUGGCGGAGAACAAGCUAGUUGAAGACCAGCGUCAUUUGACCUAUCAGAUAGAUCUCCAAACCUAUAUUCCUUGGCCAGCUGGUGAUGCAGGAUGUGCUGAUGAUACCCGGAGCUUCCUUGUUUGCCACUACUACGAUGCAAAGGGUGUGUCUUCACGCAUGAAGGAACUCCUAGUAGAUGAAAGGCUGAGUUAUCUGCCGCUGGUUGGCGUUGCCAUGCCUCUAGGUGUGAAACAUGCCCAGGGCAUCUCCGAACCCGAUGGACACAUCUUCUGCUUCCUACCACUCCCAAUCCAUGAUAACAAAAGUCCAACGGGCCUACCUGUUCAUAUCAACAGUUUUUUCGUGGUUGGUUCUGACAGGAGUGAAGUAAAGUGGCCAACAGCCGGACAGAGCCAUGAAAAGAUGUCGAAUAAUCUGAAGUGGAACCAGUGUCUCUUGGAAGAGCUCAUUCCCUGUGCGUACACCCAACUACUUCUUGAUGCAACGCAACACCCACAUAUCCAACCUGACGACAUUUGUCAUGCCUUCCCUAACACUGAGUGUGUGGAUGAAAAAUUAAAAGGUUCUCUCGUGCCACCUUUUCUGAAGCAAGUAUUGACUUCGCCCAUACUCCCUACUGCUGGAGGCGUAAACAGAUACGUCGGUGUGAAAGAUGCUGUGCUGUGCUCCCCUCAAAUCGAUGAAAAGACAAGACUCGUCUUGGUGCGGCUCUUGACCGAAUGUCAGAUGAAUGCUGUGUGCAUUCCAGCCCAUAUGAUGGACGCUAUCAAGUCUACCUGCAUCGAGCUGGUUAAAGAAGCAACACCAACUCUUGUUUGCCAAGUGAUGAAACAAUUUGACGGCUACAUGUCAUAUUCCCGACAAGGAAAGCUCGAGCUUCUCCAAUAUCUUCUUGGGAAAGGAGCAGUCCGACCUCAAGAUCUUCAUGGGUUGCAACUACUCCCUUGCUCUGAUGGCACGUUUACAGUCAUCGGGUCGUUUGCCGUGACAGAAAAGAUUUACAUCGCAACUGACAAGAAUCAGAAGAUCUUGCCCUCUUUGGAAAGCAAGUUUUUGAGCAACGACAUUGACCAGUCCUUGAAGGUGAUGCUUUGCCAACAAGACGUGAUAGGCAAUACACAGCUUGUCCAGUGCACAGAAGAUGACAUCCUCACACUUCUUCCACAGAUAUUCCCUCAAGGAUGCAAAGACAAAGAUGUUCUUGUGUGCGACAACGAUGCGAAGCACCUGACCAAUACAUGGCUUGAUGAUCUGUGGCAUUUUCUUGUCUCAGUGUCUGAGAGCCACCCCAACCACUUGAACAAAGUCAAACACUUGCAUAUACUACCAAUUCCGAAUACAGCAGGACAGUUGCACUUGUCUAAACUGUCAGGCGGUGCUACUUGUGUUGUGAAGCAGCUACACGAUGAAUGUUUACCUUAUCAUCUAGCAGCGGCUUUAGAGCACUUUAAAAUCACUCUUCUGGAUCGUCUACCAGAGGUCAUCAUGCGGCACCCUCACGUCUUCGAUCAGCAUUGUGUCUACCAGCCGAAUCCAGAGUCGGUCAUGUUGGCGCUGUUGGCAGCGUGCAGCAGAGACAGAAGCUCAAAUGUUGGGAACUUCAACAAUCAUGCAUCCAGGGAGGAACGGUUGGCAUUCCUUCAGUUCUUCGAACCUCUGAGAUCAGAGCUAAAGGGUGGAAGCGAAUGGAAGUCGUUCAUGAAACAGCUGGCGUUGUUCGAAACUGUAGAUGGAAGUGGGAACCAACCAAGACACUACACAAGUGUAAAUGAGGUACAGAAUGGUAUGAGAAGCUACUCCAUCCCCGUUCAUUGCCCGUGCCAACUCCUUGAUAUCAGUUCUCUUGAUGUGCAGCUGAUGUCAGAAUACAUUGGUAUCAAAACACUGACCGAGACGAUGGUUCUCGAAGAGCACUUAUUCGAUGAAAUCACACAGAGGCGGAUUGGUGGUUCUGAUGUUGAGAAGGUAAUGGUUUACGUUCUCCAGGACCUCGACCAGCAUGUGAAGUACAGUUCUACCUUUAAGGACCGUUUAAUCCAGCUGGCGUUCCUAACAGAUAAGCAGGGAACAUACCACAGGGCUUUAGAUUGCUUUGAUCCAAGCGACAGCGUCCUCCAAAACUUCUUCCAAGGGGAAGAUAGGUUUCCGACCGAAAUCUACUGCGCCUAUAUCGAUCAGUUAAGACGCCUAGGUCUUAAAGGAAGGAGUAUGGUAGUAGACCAAGAUGUCCUAAUCUCAGCCCAAAUAGUAGACAGGGAUAGUAGAGGCCUCGGUGGUGGGAUGCCAUUGGCUCAACUUGAGACUAAGAGUCGAGGAAUAGCUGAUGUCAUUGAAAGUGGGAUCAUACUGAGGGAUGCAGUUCGCCAGCAGCUUCGAAACCUUUCGUGGGUACCAGUGCAGCAGGAAAGACCUGCUUAUCUAUCCCUUUUGCCAUGGGGUGCCGGGAGUGGCGUGUUCCAGUCACCGAAUUCGCUGUGUCUCUCGUCACAGAUUCCUGUAGUUGGUUCCACCAUGCCGUCCACGAGGAUAUCGGUGGUGCCAGAUAAAAUUUUGGAAACAAUCUGUGGUCAUGAUCAAUGCAGUCUUCCUGUCGCUAAGAUCGUACAGCACCUGAAGAACAUUGUAACCCUAUACAAACCAGAAGAAAAACUAGCCCUGAUGGGAUUCGUGAAGCAGAUUUAUGACACCCUCCGAAACUACGGUGCUCCUGCUGUAAGAACCGCUUUCAGCGCUGAAGGUCUCACAGAAUGGGUCUGGCACGGCAAUGGUUUUACUUCAGUAGAAUGUGUUUCGAAGGACCUACCAGAGAACAUGGAACCCUAUGCAUAUAGAAUACCCGACGAAAUGUCCAACAUCCAUCCCUGGUUGCUGACAAUGGGUGCGAGAGUAGAGUGUAACUGGCCCCAGAUACUGCUCAGGAUUAAGAAAUGGUACGAUGCACAAGAUUCCGUCUCCAAGGAAAGGGUUUCACACGAUCUCGAGAUGGUUAAGCAGGCAUUGAAGAGAAUAACAGACCUCUACCCGAGUGGGGUACCUGCUAAUGUCAUGGAGACCGUCGUCCUCCCGGUAGGGAACUCUGACGGAAAGUUACAGCUGUUGCCUGCAUCAGAGUGUACCUAUUGUGGAGACGAUUGGGCUUUUGGAGAUAUCAUAGACGUGCAAGAUGAUGGCAUUGGAAGUGGAAAAGCUGUCUACUACAUCGAUGACUCCAUUUCAAAAGAGCUCGCUGAGGCAUUUGGGGUGAAAACGUCCUUGAAUAGACUGUUGGAGGACGACUCUGAGGGAAUCCCUGUCGUAGAAGGUCAUGGGCAAGAGGAAAGUCUCACUCAGCGCCUGAGGUUGCUCCUUCAAGAUUAUCCUGAUGGUUUGGCAAUUCCAAAGGAACUUAUACAGAACGCUGAUGAUGCCGGGGCCUGUGAAGUCAAGUUCUUGUAUGAUGAGCGGGAAAACCUUGACGCAAUGGAUGGCUUACUUGGUGAAGGAAUGAAAGAAUGCCAGGGGCCAGCGUUGUGGGUUUACAACGACAAAAUGUUCUCAGCGACAGACUUGAAAAACAUCAAGAAACUCAGUGGGGCUACAAAGGAGGCAGAAGGUGACAAAAUUGGGAAGUUUGGACUUGGGUUCAAUGUUGUGUAUAAUGUCACUGAUGUUCCAAGCUUCAUGACAAAUGAAACCAUCGUUAUCUUUGAUCCACACAAGUCCCAUCUUGGAAGAGCAAAAGCAAAAGAUGAUGCUGGAUUGAAGAUCAACAUUUUCUCUGGCAGCAGAAAAAGUGCACAGAUCAGAAAGAAAUUUUACAAUCAAUUCAAAACAUACCAUGGUGUUUUUGGUUGCCAGGUUGCAAAGGAAGGUGCACAGUGUCCUUUCAGUGGUACGCUCUUCAGACUUCCACUUCGACAAGCUGGGUCAAGGAGUGAGAUCAACAGUAUGCCGUACACUAAGGAUUCCAUCGAGGAGUUGUUUCAGCUUAUUAUUGACCAGGCGAGCGAUCUGCUUCUUUUUACACAGAGUGUAAAAUCCAUAGAACUGCAUCAUCUAGCUAAGACGGCAAAGGACCCCUCGCAGUCGGUUCGUAUAUUUCACGUGAAGUCAACACCUAAUGUGCUGAGGCCUCUCCCAUGUUUACAACAUUUAAAGGAAGAACCAACGAUUCUGAAGACUGCUUCAUGCCUGGUAAAAGACCUAAGCAAGGCUCUACCUAGUGAUAUGUGUAGGACAUCUAUAGUGCACACAUGUCAACAGCUCGAUGCAAGAUGUCAGCUUAAACUCCGUGGACAAACAAAUGAGGUGCACUGGCUGGUUCAUGAUUGUGUCGGGACCAAAGAAUCCAUGACGCUCGCACGAAGCAGUACUUUGCAGUCUAAUGUACCAGUUGCAGGGAUUGCUGUCCAGCUAGAGAAGAAAGAUCAGAGGUUUAAGCCAGUUACCAGCAGUGGAGCCUCAUUGCCAGUCUUCUGUCAUUUGCCCCUACCGUCGUCAGUGAGGAGUGGAUUGCCAGUUAUCGUGAACGGCAGUUUUGCGAUUAAGCCAGAUCGACGUCAGAUCGUAAAGAUCACAUCCGAUGAUAAAGUGGACAAUAAGAUGAGUGCCUGGAAUGAAGCUCUCAAAAGGGACGUCAUCACUGAAGCAUACAUCGGUGCCUUGACACAGAUUAAAGACAUUGUGACCGAGGACUAUGAGCCAUAUAGUCUGUGGCCUGACAUCAGCAGCAUAGACGAGGGCUUUAAAUCUGUGUAUACGAGUUUCUUUCAGAUGCUCGCCAGCCAAACGUGUCCAACAUCUCCAAAGAUCUUCACUAAUGGGAGUUCUUGGUUUGACUAUCAACAUGCUGUCUUUUUGGAUGAGAUUCUUGCAUCUUCUGACCUGCAAGAAGUUUUCUUGUGCAGACUUCAGUUCUACCUAGAAAGAACGCCCAGUCAGGACAGAAUUACAGCAACAAUCCUGCCAAAUAACUUGAAGGAAGGUUUCUCUAAGUUCAAUAUCAAUGCCAAGGUUUUCACCUGUGCCGAAGUGUACGUGAAGGCCAUACUUCCAUACCUGCAUCAGCUUGACAACCAAGAGCAGACCAGAUUACUAUUGUUUGCCUUGCAGCAGGCAAAAUCUGACCAAACGCUGAGUAAUAUACUUAAGGCGUAUCCUUGUAUUCCUGUCCAGCCGAAUGGUAAAACAUUCCUAAAACCUGACCAGUUGAUAAGUCCCAAUGGCAGACGGGCAAACCUGUUUAAUGAAACAGAUGGUGUGUUCCCGAUGCCAGGUUUCUGCGGAGAUGAGUCCCUAUCAGUUCUAAAGGAUCUGGGCAUGAAUGUCAAUGACAUAUCAUGGGACCUGGUCACAGAGCGCGCCGAAUCCAUGAGGAAUCUCUCUGGAAGGCAGAGAGAAGAGAGAAUGCAGCAUUGGACGUCCUAUGUCGAAGAGAAACUGCAGUGUUAUGGUGGGGAAAAACCAAGCCAAGUGCACUUAGAGAAACUGAAGACGAUUCGAUUCCUGCCAGUUCUUCCAAAGCCAGAGCAUUAUCCCAUAAGAUGGAAAGGUGAUGACAUGACUGGUGGUCUAGUGUCUGCUGACGAUGCCUUCGCGACUGAUUGCAAAAACUUGGUAGGGAGCAUCAGGUACAUUGUCGAUGAGAAGAUUUGUGGGUUGCGAGGUGCUCGUCCAAAGGCAAAGCUAAUAGAAAUCUUGGGGUUACAGGAACGAUUCCUCUCCUUAGAUGAUUUUAUCAUCCAGUUGAAGAUGUUGGCCACUGUUCAGCCCAAUGGCUCGAACUCAUCCAAAGUGAAGGAAAUCUGUAAUGAUGUGUACAGCAAGUUGGAUGAGCGUUGUGGAAACUCUACUGAUGCAGCAAUGGUACAGAAUGAGCUAAAAGAACUUCCAUGCCUCUAUACUGGAGACAAGUUCAUGCAUCCAAAAUAUUGUGCCAAGAGUGGGAAACUUGUAUCGAAUUUUCUGCACGUUCUGCCCUAUCCUCUAACCUACCGGCCAGCACUGCUUCAGGCACUUGGGGUGAAGGAACAGUUCCAUGCUACAGACUACAUAGAUGCCUUACAGCGCAUUGCUCCAGACACUGGAGUAAGAACUGUGCGAGAAAUAGCUGAGAACCUCUGUGACUGCCUUAGUCAAACAAAAACAACACUACAGGAAUUGAACUUAAAACCUGAAAAAGGCGUUCAACUGCCCUCUGAGGUAAAUGAUAGAGGAGUAUGGAAACUACUACCUGUAAAGGAACUGUGUUUAAAUGCACUUGGUAAUGACCAUGAGAAAUUGACACAUAAGCAAUGGUUAGGCCAGUCUGUGGGGAAACAGAAGUUGCAUUAUGUUCAUCCUGAUAUACCACUCACAGUGGCCAAAGCUCUAGGGGUAAAGUCAGAUCGUGAGAACGUCUUGAGCAAACUAGGCUCUGGUAUGCCAUUUGGACAAAGUGAGCCACUCUCGAGACGUAUAAGGAACAUCUUAAACAACUACCCAUCCGAUGAAGGUGUGCUGGAAGAACUUCUGCAAAAUGCAGAUGAUGCUGGUGCAACUGAACUUCGAUUUGUUUUAGACAGACGUAAUCACCCAGACGAGAAGGUUUUCAAUGAUAAUUGGAAGCAGCUCCAGGGCCCUGCCUUAUGCGUCUUCAACAACAAGCCAUUCACAAAGAAAGAUCUCAAGGGCAUUUGUAGUUUGGGUCAAGGGGCGAAGUCGAGUGAUCCAGCAAAGACCGGGCAGUAUGGUAUUGGAUUCAACAGUGUCUACCAUCUCACUGAUGUGCCGAGUUUUCUGACUGACGGUGAUGAAAUUGGAAAGACCUUUGGUGUCCUUGAUCCAAAUUUGACAUUUGCACCUGGAGUUUGUGUAGAGAGUCCUGGUCAACUCUAUCAGAGCGACCACUUCAGGACAGUUCGUGAUGAUUUUGCUGAUGUUUUCUCUGGGUAUCUUGAAAACAAGUUUGAUCUGAAGGGAGGGACACUAUUCCGGCUACCUCUCCGCAGUGAAGAAAUGGCAGAGAAAUCUGAAAUCUCUAAGAAACAUGUUGAAGUCGAUGAUGCAGCACGGUUACUGAGGUCAUUUGAAGCAGAAGUGUUUCAGAGUCUCUUAUUUGUCAAUUCGGUGCGCAGUAUUACACUAGAAAGCAUUGGUGACGCUCCUUGGAGCUACAUGUACUCCGUUACUGUUACUAUAUCCAACCAAGACCAGGCUGCACUGAGUGACUUCAACCAGUAUGUAAAGUCUGUUGGCGAACGCUUGACUGAUGGAAGCAAGUCUCUACGAGAUGUACAGUACCGAGAGGUCGUCUAUACUCUGUCGAUGGAAGAUUCGAAAGGCAAAUCACAAAAUUGGGUAGUCUGUCAGUGCAUCGGAUUUAAGCAAUCUGAUAUACCAGCAGAGGUUCUGCAAGCAGUGGCCUCGAAGGAUUUGGCAUUACUGCCGCGGGGAGGUGCUGCGAUUCUGUUGAGCAGCACAGAAGAGGUAAAAGGACGAAAUUUGUUCUGCUUUCUUCCAUUGCCUUCACGUGGGGACACCCAACUCCCCGUCCAUGUCAAUGGUCACUUUGUGCUAGACUCUGCUCGCCGGGCACUCUGGGAUGAUGACGCAAAUUUCAAAGGCCAAUGGAACACCCUCAUAAUGGAGAAGAUUGUAGCCCAGGCAUAUGUAUCCCUCAUAAGCGAUCAGUGUGCAAAGCUCAAAGAUGGAGGGGCUACUGUGAACGACCUUAAGAAGCUGUUCAAGAUGUUUCCCGAUAGAUCAAAGGUUAAAAAGCACUAUCUUCUUGAGCUUGUCGACAAUUUUUACAGAGCUCUGCAUGAGCGCAAGAUAGAAUGUCUGGCGGUACAAGUGGUGUCUGGAGGCUAUGUUGAAACAAGGUGGUUCAACAUUGCUCACUGCGUGCAAGGAGAAGCAUUCUUUGAUAAUCUCAGUCCUUCAUCUGUGAUCCGACAUUUCACCAAGUGCCAACCGACGACGUACAGGGGUCCUAGAUGGACUGGUACACAACAAACCGAAACUGUGACAGUCGGGGAAAGAGAUGAGGUACAUUCAUUGACGAACAUCUUGUGUAGACUAGGUUUCAGCCUGCUCUGUUCACCGAUGUUCAUCUACGAUUCGCUUCAGAAGGUGGAGAUAGGUGUACGCAAAGUUGAACCAAUAACAGUGUUGGACUACCUCUACAACUACAAGGCCUACACUGAUUGCACUUUGAAAGGUCUUCCCCAGCCUGUCUGUCAGUCACCUUAUGAAGAUAUCGAAUCGGUGGUGACAGUGAUCAAAUACUGUUAUAAAAGUUCAAACGCUUCAAACGAAAAUAUCAAGUCUUUACAAGGUCUGCCUCUGUGCGUGACUGGUGAUGGGCUGCUUAAGGAGUUCUCAGUGACUACGGCACUGUUUUACCCUAGAUUUGAUACACUUGCACCGGAUCAUGCUAGUCGAUUUGUGAAUAGGGAUGUUUUUGUUGCCAUUCCCUCAGAUGUUCGCACCAAGGAACCACUGGCAUUAGUUGAACUCACAAUCCAAGACCUGACACCACUGCUCUUACCUGGUAAGGAACAUCUCAAGGUCGCUAAUAGGAUAGAAUGGAAUCCAACCACUGACACGGACAAGACGGUGAAGAAAUGGAUAGAGGAACUUUGGGAGUUGAUCAACAGUGAGAUUAAUGAGGCAUGUAGAAAGAAAAACGGAGACCGGGAGGCCUUACACCGACUGAAACUGGCACCUUUGAAGCCAUUCUGCAUCGUACCAGCACAUGAUAGACAAGAACGAAAACAUUUCUUGUACCAGCUUGAGUGCGCAAAGUGUGUAAUGAGUGAAAGUGUAAGUGUUGCUACCUUGUACAAGGAUGAUAACGUUCGUGACAAGUUGCUGGAGGCAGGAAUCCCUAAGCUAGAUAAAGACCAUCUCCCUGGCAGAACGUAUCCAUACAAGUCACUGUUAGCACUGCCAAAGGAAUUGACCUCAAACAUGGAAGAUCCCCGCAGUGUGCUUUAUGCACUCUGGUGUCGUCUGCAGAAUAAGUCCGAUGUUAGCCGCCUAAAGCAAGUCACAGAGAACACAAGGAAUGCACACAUGCUUAGAGAGUACUUUACUGCUUUCUUCAAGAAUCAGUGUACGAACGAAGAGGCUGUCCGUUUGAGAGACCUGCCAAUAUACGAGUUUGUGAAUGUCACUGUGUCUGUCCUUAACAAAAGUGGUCAAGGAUGCUACUUAGUUCCAACCGGGAUACCAAAAGCUGGUUUAGAUAACUGGUAUUCCAAGGACACACAUGAGAAAUUCAUCUUUCAAACAGCCACUGAUGUUGACAAAUUACUCUGCAGACUUGGAGCAGUCAAGAAGUCUGAAGUUGAUCUGUAUGUGACCUUGAUACUUACCGAGUUCAAUUUCCAACACUUCCUGAGUGAGGAUGAACAACGAAAACAUCUCGACUUCAUUCGAACGACCGUCAUACGAAAUUUGAACAGCGAUGGAAAUGAAUACAAGGCUUUGUUAGCUUCACUUCAGAAGCUACCAUUCCUGAAGAACUCGAAUGGAGACUUGCAGCUUGCAAAAGAGUUCUUCAGCCCAAAUGUCCCGCUGUUCAAGGCCAUGGAGAUAAAAUUCCCACCGAAGGAGUUCUGUGACAUUGAAUGUCUGGCGUUCUUACAGCUGUGUGGUCUCAGGGCCACAGUGACUGCUGAAGACCUAGUAAGGUACGCGGGGGUAGUGGAGCAGGAAGGCAAGACGAAUCCAAAGGAGAUAACAAAAAUGAGAUCACGACUUAUUUGCGAAGAAUUAAGGAACCAGGAGGAAACGACACUCUUCCAACUGAAGGACAUUGCCUUCGUACCGAUAGAGUCUGUUCCUGUGAAAUUUUCAAACUUGCAUUGUCAGUUUUGCCAAGAGGAUCCAGAGAAAAUGGUCUUCACUUGUUUCCAGAAUAGUGUGAUGUAUUCCAGUUUCGAAGUGUGUUGGACCUCUGCUAAGAUCCUACCUGCGUGGAUGGGGGCUGAAUUUGUGAAGGACGGACCUUUGACUGCUCAGAAACUUCAACAAUCUCUUGGAAUACAAAGUAAAGUCACGAUGACAACAGUUCUUGCCCACUGCAUCAAACUGACAAGACACAUAUCAAGACUCAACCUUCGCCAUAAACAACCAGACACUAUCACUGGUGUGAUGAACAAAAUCUAUGAAUACCUCUGCGAAACGAUGAAGACAGAAGGAUCACGUUGUUUGAAAAACCUGGCCAAUGAACCAUGCGUGUGGCUAAAUGCUUGCGACAGUCUCGUUCAUCCUCGACAGGUUGUGGUGUCCCUGUCAGCGUGUGAUGAACUCCCACCCUAUCUGUACAGCCUGCCAUGUGAGCUGAGGAAAUACAUUGACGUACUGACACAUAUUGGUGUUGAAAUAGAACCGGAUCACCGCCACUACAUGCUUGUCUUGAAAAUGAUUAAGGAAGAUUUGGGAACAAAUGACCUAGAGUCAGAUGUGAACAAAAUGGCAGCAGCUACCUGUGCAAUCAGGAGAAGCCUGUUCUUCCUGAGUGAAAACAACCCAGAAAACUGCGACCAUCCGUUGUAUCUCCUCAGCCAGAAAAAUACACUCGAGAUUUCAACUGAUCUAUACUGCGUGGAUAAGCCUGGUUGGGAACGCCGAUUGCAGAAUGCCAACUUGCCAUAUCAUCUUCUGUUGAUACCGGAUGAUCCAUUUGAUGGAAGGAAUUUCUUUAAGCACCUACGGAAAAUUCCGAAGGCGCUGCGACCAAAGGAUCUCUCUGAAGUCUUGGUUGAGGUUAUCGAUGAAAACAGCAUGCAACCCAUGGACUUAUUGGAUAAUAACACAUCCAAUUGGUUUCAAGAUCGUAUCGCGAAUGAUGAAUUCCAGGCUGGGCUCACUCAACUGCUUACGUCCGAUGCUUUGGAGCAGGAUUAUGGUGACCGCUAUGAAGAAUAUUGGCGUCAGCUAGAAAACAAUAUGCGAAAGAUUCAGUUCAUAGUUGUCAAAAGGGUGGCAACAAUCCUCAAAGAAAGAGAAGGAGGCAUAAUUCAAGGGACAGACAAUGACGCGCAGAGUGUUCUUGUUAAGACCUCUGGUGCUGGAUGCAUGGUGUAUGUUGCUAAGGAUAGAAUUGGACAAGGACACUCAUCGACGCGGGAUAUUAGGGAAUAUACUAAACUCUUGAAGAGCAUCAUCAAAGAAUCAUUUCCGACACUUCGUCCAGAUACCUUGGACAUCAUCAAAGAUUUGUUCAACACUCCAUACAACGAAAUCCAAGCUUUGCUUGAUGACAAUGGCAUCAGGGCGUCAUCACGCAUCAGAAGCAAGAUGGGGCCGAUCUUAGGUGACUACCUCCCCCUAAACAAACACUGCUUAUUGGCACCCGACUUCCUACAGUUCUUCAGUGGGGAAUACAUCGCUUUCGAGCUAGAUGACCCCCUCAAUGCUGGACUUGAAGGACAAGCUACCUACAUCUACGCUAAGGUUGUGAAAGCACUUGGGCCUAAAGAAGGCACUGAAGAUCAGGUUAUCCGCAUGUACGAGAUAGACACAGGCAAUGGAAAGAUUACCACUUCCUCCUCUUCGAUGUACAAACUAUCAUGCCAUGCUUUAGUUACUGCAGACGGCGCGCCAAAAGACCAAGAAUAUGACCUUGAAAAGGUCAAAUGUCAAGUGGCUGCAGACGUCGACUAUGCCUUCUACAAGCUACCGAUAGAGGACAGGAACCGGGUCUUGAAACGACUCAUCGUGAAAUGGCAGCCUGGAAAGCACCCUGGACAUGAAGGCACUGCAAACGAGGUACUGAAAUUCCUUGACAACAAAAUUGCACAGAUAGAAACUGACAGCAAUCGUUCAGAAACGAAUAGCAGCGGAUCCGGGGGUACGAUAUGGUAUGGUGUUGAGCAUAUAUCAAGAUAUGCUUGCAGCAGAGCCCAAGAACAGAGCCGAGAUAUCCAGCAACAGAGACAAUGGUUGGAUUCCAACUCGUCCGCCAGGGCUGGUCUAAGUGACCCAACUGACUACAGUUACUUCAGAGGUUGGGCUAGGAAUCCACAGCCAGGUGAAGCGAAGCGAUGGUAUCGUCAGGCGGAGAUGGACCUCAAGGCAUCGAAGCAUGAUCAUGAUGGUUCCAGCAGGGCGUACGAAUGGGCACUCUACAAAUGCCACCAGGCAGCCGAGAAGGCUCUAAGAUCCGCCUACUUUAUGAAGGAUGUCCCGCAUUUCAAGCACCACAACCUCCCCGACAUUGCGGAACUCCAUGGUGAUGAAACCCUCAAAGGCCUCGCUGACGAGAUUGCCCAGGAGCUAGGAGAUGGGAUGAAGCUACGCUACCCCGACCGCCUGUCCUUUCCACGUAUCCCCCAUGACCUAUACGGUGAGGAGACUUGCUCCAGGAUCUACGGACUGACGGAAAGAUUGGUACAACGAGUGGGGCACUUCGUCAUGGGGGUAUAAUACACUAGCAAAUGACGAGGCUGUGUUUCCUUAUGAGUAAUCACCGUGGGUAAAUGUAUCGGUUUGCCAAAGAAAAACACGGGCUUACAGGGAGAGGAAUGACGACACAAAAGAAACAGGCAAAAGAUUAGUCCAUUUUGAGGGGCGUUAAAGCACACAUUUAGUAUUGUUAUCCGAUUGCACCCCUCCAUCCCUGUAAUAGGAGGGUCUUAUUUCUAUUGUGUUACAAAGGUAAACCAAUACCUUUACCCACCGUGGUAAUGUAUACACGUAGAUGUGUAUAGUCAAGUUCUUUUGCGUGAACAAUUUACUGUUGAAUUCUCCUUUCAUGUCUGUUACAUGUACAUUUAGGGUAGAUGAUGGGGUUAUUGUAGCCCCAGUUUAUUUGUAGCCCCUGCACUCUGAUGCAUUGGGAUAUCAAUCAAUAUCAUAGGCAGGGGCUACAAUUAAACCGGGGCUACAUUUACCCCAUUCUACCUUACUUUUUUUAUUCGGGUGGAUAAAAUAUAUUUAGAAAAACCUAAACAAAAAAAUGCAUCAAAAUACCUUUGCAAUAUUAUAUAGAAUCAGAUGAAAGGUCCAUAAAGAAUCUGUGAAGAUCAUUAUAUAGAAAUUCUAUGACGAUAUUGUGCAAAGAAAUUUCUGUGUGAAAAUAGAUUCUGUAUGGAUUUUUGAUGGAAAUAUUCGGCUGUGUACUUUUUUAGUGUCGCCUUUGCUCGUUGUGAUUAUUAUUAUUGUCCCCAGGACUAUCUCAGUAACGGACCCGUUUCACAUUGCCUAAUUUCAUUGUCUGUGGAUACUUGAUUUUCAACUUAAGUUGAAACUCUCAAAAGUCUACCCUAUUUGUCUUAUUGUAUUUACCUGUGCCACAGGUAAAACAUGAAAUUUGGCAUUUAUAGUACAUAUUUGUAUAUCAGUCUGGACAAUGGUAUUGUUGAAUUUUACACGAUUAGAAAUUUUCAAAUUCAAGUUAAAUUUCAAAACUUCGAACAAACGGGGGUGACCUUUAAAAUUCAACCACUCCAAACAAUUUCUGCCUACAUUAUUUUCCAGUUAUAGGUAUGUACCGUAUGUAUCUGAGGCCAAUUGGUCAACAACCACUAUAUUUGGUGCUUUGUUGUUCGGUCUACACCGAAUCAUGAUAUUCAGCAAUGUCAGGUUUGAAGGCAAGACAUCCUCGAAAGCCAGAGUCGGUCGUAUCCUCCUCCCCUCGCACACGUUAGUCGUUCGUGCCGAUUGUUCGCCCAAAGUUCAGGAUGGAGGCGAGAAAGGGAGAGAUCAGAUAAAUUAUGUGCGCAUGCGAACAUGUAUAUAUCGGCAACAGUCGACAUGUUUUCGUCCUCACAUUAGAAAAUAUACUGUACAUGUAUCAGGCCAACUCAUUCCAAUUUUCAAGUUGCGAAUAAAUGGAAAAUUUAGUUUUA